AACAUCAGCCUACACACAGGUCAGUGAGAGCGGUAAAGCCCUAUUGGAAGUGCUUCAGCGUCCAGCGGAGCCUGACGAGUCUGGGUUACCAGCGGCAACCACUGACUUCACAGCCGCAACACACGGCAUCAUGGGAGUUCUGCACGAGGUCAUGCAGGGUCACCAGCAUGUCGAAGGGGCGUGGCAACACCGCAAGCUCCGCCUACACCAGCGUCUGCAGCUGUGUGUUUUCCAGCAGGACGUACGGCAGGUUCUGGACUGGGUGGAGCAGCAUGGAGAGGUGUUUCUCAAUAAGCACACCGGUGUGGGGAAGAGCCUCCACCGAGCACGAGCACUGCAGAAACGCCAUGACGACUUUCAACAGGUGGCCCAGAACACCUAUACCAAUGCUGAGAAGCUGCUGGAGGCAGCAGGUCAGCUUGCCCAGUCAGGGGAGUGUGAGGAGGGGGAGAUCUACUCUGCUGCUGGGGACCUGGAACUCCGCAUGCAGGCCUUCAUACAGAGAGUAGAACAGAGGAAACUACUGCUGGACCUCGCUGUCUCCUUUUACAUACACACCAAAGAGCUGUCAGCGUGGAUGGAGGGUCUCCAGAGGCAGAUGGCAGGGGAGGUGUGUGUGUGUCCUGACUCAGUGGAGUCUCUACAGGCUCUUAUCACCCAGCAGCAGCAACAACAGGCCAACACACAGGACGCCUCGCUCUCUGUCAUCAGGGAGGGAGAGGACCUCAUCCUACAGCUCAGGCCCCAGGGCAGUUCAGUGGGCCAUGUGGAAUCAGUGCUGCAGUCGUUGGAGGAGGCCCAGGUUCAGCUGGAGGAGCUGUUCCACCAGAGGAAGAUCAGGCUGGACGUCUAUCUGCAGCUACGCAUACUUCAGCAGUGCUCUCUGGAGGUGUCAGGGGAGAUGGAGGCGUGGAAGCAGGACCUCCAGAAGCAGGCCCAGGACAUCACCACAGAGAAGCUAACGCUAGCACAACCGCGGCUAGUGGAAGCCAACCAGGAGAAGCUAGCAUUAGCGCAAUCGAGGCUAGUGGAUGCUAACCCAGAAGGGCUAACGUUAGCGCAGCAGCGCAUACACAGACACAUGGAGCGACGGCUAGCCAUGAACAACAUGACCUAUGAGGUCGUCCAGCAGGGUCACGACCUUCAGCAAUACAUCACCGAAGUACAGGCCUCAGGUAUUGAGCUGACAGCUGAGGGGGAGACUGAUCUGUCCUCUCAGGUGGAGGGGCUCCAACAGCUUCUACAGGACAAGCAGAAGGAGCUGCACCAGAUAGUCGAACACACACACACACACCUGGAGCAAGGCUUGCAGCUACGCCACCUACAGACUCAGGUCAACCAGGUGCUGGGCUGGAUCAGUGAAGGAGAGGUGAUGUUGUCUUCCUGUAUGGUGAACUCCAGCUCUCUGUCGGAGGCUGAACAACUACAGAGAGAACAUGAGCGCCUCCAACAGGCCAUAGAGUCUCUGCUUCAUGCUGACUCUCUCCAGAGGACCCACCAGGUGGCGCUGGCGCUGCAGCAGCGGGCAGAGCUGCUGGUAAGGGCGGGCCACUACGACCCAGAGGCAGUGAGGGCGUGUGCACAGACGGUGGCGCUACACUGGCAGACCCUGAUGCUGCGGAUGGAGGACCGCCUCAAACUUGUCAACGCCUCCGCAGCCUUCUACCGCACCUCACAACAGGUUUGUGGUGUGUUGGAAAGCCUGGAGCAGGAGUAUCGUAGGGACGAGGACUGGUGUGGUGGCGGAGAGCGACAGGGGAGCAGGGGCCUGCCGGAACACCUCCUCCCCCUCAUCAACAAACACAUGGAACAGAAAGAAGCCUUUCUCAAGGCAUGCACCCUGGCCAGGCGCAACGCAGAGGUCUUCCUCAAGUACAUCCACCGCAACAGCGUUACUAUGGCAACCAUCUCCGGGCACAGUGCAGGAGCUGAGGUCACUGGUCACUCCCGUGUGCCUGAGCAGCAGGUCAAAGGUAUCCUCAGUGAGCUCCUGCAGAGGGAGAACAGGGUUCUACAUUUCUGGACUCUGAAGAAGCGUCGUCUGGACCAGUGUCAACAGUACCUGCUGUUCCAGAGCCACGCCCAACAGGCGUUGGAUUGGCUGCAGCAGAGUGGUGAGCACUAUCUGUCCACACACACGUCGCCAGGGGCAACCAGCGCAGAGACCCAGGACCUGCUGGCUCAACACAGAGAAUUCUGCGUCUCGGCUAAGCACACUCAGGAGAAGGUGCACCUGCUGAUCCAGCUGGCAGAGAGCAUGCUGGGUAAGGGCCACUCCCACAGGGUGGAGCUACGGAGGUGUGUGUCGACGGUGGACAAGCGCUACCGAGAGUUCUCCAUGCGCAUGGGCCAGUACCGGAACACACUGGAGACUGCACUGGGAGGCUGCACUCAGGACAAUAAGGACCUGGAGCUGGAGCUCAUCCCCAACAGCCUCUCUGACUCUGACCCUGAAGUGAACCUGAACGACCCCAACCACGAGGUCAGCGAUGAGAAGAGGAGGACUGCCAGGAAGAAAGAGUAUAUCAUGUCAGAGCUUCUUCAGACAGAGAGGGUGUAUGUGAAGGAUCUGCAGGAGUGUAUCGACACCUACCUGUGGGAGAUGACCAGUGGCUCUGAAGAGAUCCCCAUUAGGAUCGCCAACAAGGAUGACGUUGUCUUUGGGAACAUCCAGGACAUUUAUGAGUUCCAUAACAGUAUUUUCCUGAAGGAGCUGGAGAACUAUGAACAGCUACCUGAAGAUGUGGGUCACUGCUUCGUCACCUGGGCGGAUAAGUUCCACAUGUAUGUGACGUAUUGUAGAAAUAAACCAGACUCCAGCCUUCUGAUCCAGCAACAUGGGGCAGGCUUCUUUGAGGAGGUCCAGAGGAGGCAUGGUCUUGCUAACUCUAUCUCCUCAGCGCUCAUCAAGCCGGUUCAGCGCAUCACCAAGUACCAGCUCCUUCUCAAGGAGUUGUUGGCUUGUUGUGAGGAGGGGAAAGGUGAGAUCAAGGAAGGUCUGGACGUCAUGCUGAGUGUUCCAAAGCGAGCCAACGAUGCCAUGCAUGUUAGCAUGCUAGAGGGUCUGGAGGAGGGCUUGGAGGUGCAGGGAGAGCUCCUCCUGCAGGAUACCUUCCAGGUGUGGGAUCCCAAAUCCCUGAUCAGGAAAGGCCGGGAACGGCACCUGUUCCUGUUUGAGCUCUCGCUGGUCUUCAGUAAAGAGAUAAAGGACUCCUCCGGACGCACCAAGUACCUCUACAAGAGCAGGCUGAGGACGUCAGAGUUGGGGGUGACAGAGCACAUUGAGGGGGACCCCUGUAAGUUUGCUCUGUGGGUGGGCCGUACCCCCACCUCGGACAACAAGACCGUCCUCAAGGCCUCAUCUCUGGAGCUGAAGCAGGAAUGGGUGCGUAGCGUGCGUCAGGUGAUCCAGGAGAGGCGUGGCCAUCUAAGAGGGGCGCAGGAGCCCAUCCCCCUCCCCAAGACCCCCGCCCCCACCCUGGUCCGCACGCGCAGCAUCAACAGGAGAGACACCAAUGAGGAUGCAGACAGCCUGGGAGAUGCCAGCAGCCAGCCGGACACCGUCUCCAUUGCCUCCCGCACCUCUCAGAACACAGCAGACAGCGACAAGCUGUCCGGUGGCUGUGAGUUGACCGUGGUCCUGUUGGACUUCUCGGCGGGCGGUGCCGAGGAGCUGAGUGUUCGUUGCGGUCAGACCGUGGAGCUAGUGGAGCGGUCCAGUGAGCGAUCUGGCUGGUGUCUGGUCAGGACCACAGACCACACCCCCCCACAGGAGGGCCUGGUACCCAUGAGCGCCCUCUGCCUUUCCCACUCCCACAGCACUGACAUGGACGGCUUGAUGCCUGCCGCCACCAACACUGCCACCGCUGGGAAAGAGCCCUACCCUGUAGGUUCAGAGGUCAGAUCAGACUCUGUAGCGUCUCUCCAGUCCCAGACGUCCCUGGGCUCCAGUCCUGGUGGUGUGUCCGUCAGUUCCCCCAGCGGAGUCUCUAUUGGUUCUCCUGGUGUGAACGUGGGCUCCCCAGGGCCCAAGCGGAGCGGUUCCGGUACCGGGAACACGUUGAAGCGCUGGCUGACCAGCCCGGUGAGGAGACUGAGCCAGGGCAAAGCCGACAGCCAGGGGAAGAAACCACCGCUACGCACCAGGAGACGAGACAACCGGCCCGAGCUAGCCACGCCGCUCACCGCUAACACACACCUGAAGGGAAAGAGCCGUGAAGACUCUGUCCAGAGUGGAGGAGAGGAGGAGCUGGAGGAGGAGCCACACACGCCCCUCCCACCUCCCAUGGAGAUUAUUAAAGAUGGCAACGACCCUGAGGACUCAGAGGGCUCCAACCAGUCAGACACAGAGACGAAGAACAAAGCCAUGAGAGGCCGCAUGUUUGUGGUUAAUGAAAUGGUGCAGACUGAGAAGGAUUAUGUGAAAGACCUUGGUGUCAUCGUGGAGGGGUUCAUGUCGAGGUUGGAGGUGAAGGGGAUUCCAGAGGACAUGAGGGGGAAGGACCUGAUAGUGUUUGGGAACAUCCAUCAGAUAUACGACUGGCACCAGGAGUUCUUCCUGGUUGAGUUGGAGAAAUGUUUGCAGGACCACGACCGACUGGCUGAGCUCUUCAUUAAACAUGAGAGGCGGCUGCACAUGUAUGUGGUCUACUGUCAGAAUAAGCCCAGGUCAGAGUUUGUCGUCACGGAAUACGAGACCUUCUUUGAGGAGGUGCAGAAAGAGAUCAGCUGUAGGAUGUCCAUCAGUGACUUUCUCAUCAGACCCAUCCAGAGGAUCACCAAAUACCAGCUACUGCUCAAGGAUUUUCUGAAGUACACGUCUAAAGCAGGGAUGGACUGUGAGGAGAUCGAGAGAGCUGUGGAUCUGAUGUCUCUGGUGCCCAAACGUUGUAAUGACAUGAUGAACCUGGGACGCCUGCAGGGUUACGAGGGGAAGCUGACGAGCCAGGGCAAGCUGCUGCAGCAGGAGACCUUCUGUGUGUGGGAGCAGGACGGAGGAGUUCUGUCCCGCAGUAAAGACAGACGCGUCUUCCUCUUCGAGCAAAUCAUCAUCUUCAGCGAGCUGCUCCGUGAAGGGUCCUCCACACCUGGCUAUCAGUACAAAAAGAGCAUCAAGGUGAGCUACCUGGCCAUGCAGGAGUGUGUGGAGGGGGACCCCUGUAAGUUUGUUCUGUCAUCUCGGGGGUCGGCAGAGCGUUUCACCCUGCAGGCAGCGAGCCCCUCUGUCAAACAGCUGUGGGUCUCACACAUCACUGAGCUACUGGACACACAGAGCAACUUCCUGUCUGCUCUGCAGUCUCCUAUAGAGUACCAGAGGAAGGAAGGUGGGGGGACAAACCUCCUCACCCGCCCCCCCUCGGGCUUCGGCCCCAAAGCAUCAGGCCGACCCCCCUCUGUGCCUCCCACCCCUAACGGACACAACACACACACGCAGGCAGACGGCGAGGCGCAGGACGACGAGAAGCUGGUGCUGGUGACCCAGGACUUCAGUGCGGUGCGUGAGGAUGAGAUCACGGUGCUUCGCGGGGAACGGGUGCAGAUUCUGGCGUCCAACCAACAUGGCCAGUGUCUGGUCUACCGACCGGCCAACACAGAGUCCCCACCUGCAGAGGGCUGGGUACCGCGCAGCGUCCUGUUCAACCACUAACUACCAGUUAGAACCAGUCAGAACCAGUUUAGAACCGGUUAUAAACAGUUAUAAACAGUUAUAACAGUCACACACAAACAGGAUGCGUUCUCCAUAACCAGUUACGGCCCAGUUACACUUCACUGAUGCCAGUAAGACCCAGUACCAAUCACACACAUCUGUCAACUAAUAGCAACUAGUCCCAAAUAGUUACACAUAGUUUAAACUGGUUACAUCAGUUACAUACACUCAGGUGCACCAGUUAAACCAAUCACAUACAUGUAGCAAACAUCCUCAACAACCAGUAGCAACCAUCAACACUAGUGACCAACUAGUUCCUCACACUGGUGAAAAGAGGCCAGAGAGCUGUAGGCUCAGACAGAGGGAUUUGAGGUGAAUGGACACCGACAGUAUGCCUAUGGAACAUCCCAACUGAUGAGGUCACUAAGGGCUUCUGCCAACUGAUGAGGUCACCAAGGGCUGCUGCCAACUGAUGAGGUAACUAAGGGCUGCAGCCUAUGGAACAUCCCAACUGAUGAGGUCGCUAAGGGCCGCUAUCAACAGAUGAGGUCAUUAAGGUCUGCUGCCUUUGGAACAUCCCAACUGAUGAUGUCACUAAGGGCUGCUGCCUUUGGAACAUCCCAACUGAUGAGGUCACUAAGGGCUGCUGCCUAUGGAACAUCCCAACUGAUGAGGUCACUAAGGGCUGCUGCCUUUGGAACAUCCCAACUGAUGAGGUCACUAAGGGCUUCUGCCUAUGGAACAUCCCAACUGAUGAGAUCACUAAGGGCUGCUGCCAACUGAUGAGGUCACUAAGGGCUGUUGCCUUUGGAACAUCCCAACUGAUGAUGUCACUAAGGGCUUCUGCCUCAGUCAUUCCGGAACUCUGGAAUUCUAGAAUAAAAAAUACUGAGAACAGCUGUCAGAGACUCUCCAACCUCAUUAAGGAACCAGACUCUAAUGGAGGGUCAAAGGUUAAAUAUGUCAGAAAAGUGCCCAAUUAUGGCCAGAUCACCCUAGGAAAAAAGACAGGUCAUUUGGCAACAUACAUGGGCAACAAGACCUGCUGGAGACAAGCAAGAAACUAAAUUGUAAUAACGGUUGUUUUUACAUAUCGGUGCAAAAACAUAGUUUCAGCACGUGAUGUUUCUGCUUUCAUGGUGUGGGGGUCAAAAGAAAUGGACUGAACCCUCACCCUCACCCACCCCCCACCCAUGACCCGGGUGAGGUGACAUAAUUUCCUGUUUGUUAAUAUGUGUAAAAGAAAGCGAAAGUCUCACCACGUAAAUAGAGCUCUGAGCGCAUUAUGAAGUAUAUAUAGUUCUUAUAUUAUUAUUAUUCUGUUUUUCACCUAAAUAGAAAACAGAGUAAAGAGAAGUAUUGUCACGUUAACGUCUGUGUGUGUGUGUGUGUGUGUGUGUGUGUGUGUGUGUGUGUGUGUGUGUGUGUGUGUGUGUGUGUGUGUG